AUGUUCGCCCUCCUACUCAUCUUCUUUAUCCUUCUUGGAACCUCCGCCAUCUUAUACGCAUUGACAAUCCUCGAAACCCCAGCCCCAGACUACCCCACCAUCCCAAUCUGGCAAACACUCUACGACCACGCCAGAGGCAUAACGCGAGCCGAAUCCUACAACACCCGCAUCCGGCCCAUCAUCGAAAGACACGGCGCCGUGAACCUAUGGCACGCCGGGCGCUGGGUGGUACUGGCAACUCGUCCAGACCUAGUGGCCCAGAUCUUCCGACAAGACGACAUCUUCAUCAAGGGCGGAAACAUCAAGAAGAUCCCACAUAGCACCUUCGCGCGGAUCUUCGGCGUGAAUAUCAUCGACUCGCACGGCGCACUCCACACCUCGUUCACGGAGAUCAUCAAGCCCGGGAUCCAGCGGAGGUUCGAUCUGGAACCUGCAAAGGCAAGCUCCGCUCAACUCGCGGAAAGCUUGCUGCGGGAGCAGGCGCAGCACCCAGCAAAAGGAGUCGGGAUCGACCAUGGUAUCAUGGAGUGGGCUGUGCGGGUUUUCGCAGACAGUUUCCUGGAUUUGGAUGCAGAGCGCGUGCAGGUGUAUUUCCCGCGCGUCGUGGAGGCGAUGGAUAGGUUCAAGGAUGGGGUUGCGACGAGGCUGCAGACACUGCUUUAUAAUAUUUUUCCGAGUCUUGAGCGGCUCCAUUGGCUUCUUCCCUCUGGACACUAUGGCGUUCGCAUCGCGGACAGAUUGGAGGAUCUGAUCAUGGAACUAGCGGAGCUUACAGAUGAAGACCACGCGAACGCAACACGGAGCCGGGAUAACGAGCAAGUCAUUCACAGAUUAAGAAAGGCAUAUCGGGCGGGCUCGAUAACCAAGUACCACUACCGGUGCAACCUCAAGCAGCUCUUCAUCGCAGGGGUGGAGAACAUCGACAUCGUGCUCAACUCGGCCCUAUGGGAACUAGGCAAGAAUGUCGCACUCCAACGCCGGCUGCGGCACGAGGUGCUCACCAAGCUUCCUGGCAACUACACAGAGAGCGACCUCGACGAGCUCCCACUACUCACGGCCACGGUGUACGAGACUCUACGUCUCUAUCCCCCGCUGAUCAAUUUGAUCAAUCGGUACACCAGCGAGCCCGUCCAAUUCGGAUCAGAUACCACCCACCCCCUUCCGAAAGACACCUGGGUGGGCUGGCACUCGUACGGCACUCACACGGAUCCCUGUGUCUGGGGCACCUCUGCGCGUGAAUUUGAUCCCGAUCGCUGGGGUUGGGAUACAGUCACAAUCCAUAACAUGUUCCGCGGCAUGCAGGUCAAGGGGAAGUUUUUCCCGUUCGCGACGCACGGUCGGCGAUGCUUGGCUAGUAAAUUUGCGCUUACCCAAAUGAAGCUUGCGCUCUGUGAACUGCUUCGUAGGGUGGAGUGGGAACGGGAUGAGGACUAUAAUCUCUCGUUGGUAACGGGUGUGCUGUUGGGGCCACGGAACUGCAAGUUAUUCUUCCGAGAAAGAGUAAAAAAGGAAUUAAACGAGCCAUCCUUGGAUUGCUAG